GCAGCAUGUGUUUUUUAAACCCGGAGUGAGGGAGCUGGGCAUUUGUCCUCUCAGUUUAAAUAGUGUUUGGUCGCUGACUCGAUUUAACGGACUUGCCUUCUCGGAGAAUUUACUAAAUCCGACCGGAAGGCAUCAUGGGAAGAGGCAAGAAAAUGUCCAAACCCAGCGACGGAAGAAGCGGGGAGGCACCGGAAACCUGUCGGACCGGGGGCACCAAUGAGAACCAUCCGAAAAUGAACGGGGAUCUGUUGCUCAUAGGGCAAUCAAAAAUCUACUCUUAUAUGAGCCCUACUAAAACAUCCAGCCUUCGCCCACCGCUUCAAGAAGAAAACUCCUUUAUAAACUAUGAGGGCAAAUGUCCAGGAAAAACACAGUCAGAGGCCCACAAGAAAGCAGAAGUUGAUAAAAGGAAAAUUGUUACAAUAACAGAACCGGUGGUGAAGUCAAGGGAACCUAAGGAUACCGACUGUAAUACUUUGGAAACGUUUUCUGUACCAAAACAAGAUCUCCCUGGACCAGACACUCCUGAAAAAUUGGUUAGGCCACCUGCUGAUCAAAAGCCCGAACCGCAGAAGAAAGUCAAAGCAAAACCUAGCAGGAGGAAAGUUCCAGCUAAGAAUUCUCCCAACAGAAAGGUCACUGAUUAUUUUCCGAUCCGGAGGAGCUGCAGGAAAAGUAAAAGUGAACUAGAGAUUGAAGAAAAGAAGAGAAUAGAUGAAUUAAUCCGAACCGGGAAAGAAGACGGGUUGAAGAUUGACUUCAUUAGUGGGAAGGGAAGAGGCGUGAUUGCAGCACGUGACUUUCAGCGUGGAGAGUACGUGGUAGAGUACCACGGGGACCUUAUAGAGAUAACCGAUGCUAAAAAACGAGAAGCUGUUUACGCUCAGGACUCCUCUACUGGCUGCUAUAUGUACUAUUUUCAGUAUCUGAAUAAAACCUACUGUGUUGAUGCCACAAAAGAAAGUAGCCGUUUAGGAAGGCUAGUAAACCACAGCAAGACCGGAAACUGUCACACAAAAUUACACAACAUCAAAGAUGUACCACAUCUCAUAUUGAUUGCAUCACGGGACAUCACAGCUGGAGAAGAAUUACUGUACGAUUAUGGCGACCGGAGCAAAUCUUCCAUUGAAGCACAUCCAUGGCUUAAACACUGACCUUGAGAUAGACUGUCUAUUUUAGCUUUGCUUUGUGAAUGGCUACUGUGUGGUUUUUAAAUCCCCUUUUACAUUAGCAUAUGACUAGUAUGGAUUUAAAUGCAGGCUGUCUUAGAUUGCCAAAACUUUUUAUAUUGUGGGAUAUAUUCCCCCCCCCCCCCCCCCCUCUUUUCCUGCAUAGAGCAAAGUCAGUGCUUCCAAAGCAUGCAAUGAAAUUAUAUGCAGAUUUUCUUAAAUGUGUGUCCAAAAGAACAAUAUUCCUUUUAUCACUGUCCCAAAUUACAGGGAUUUUUCCUUUUUAGAGUGUUUGCAUUUCCCCUAUAUUUCUUCAUUUUUUUUUAACUUUUUUUUGCUUCCUUUUUUUAGAAGCACAAGUUAUAAAGAAUUACAAUUGGAGUAAAAUGGAAAGUACUUUUAGGAUACAUGACAUUUUUAUCCUUUAUGUUGAAGAAUGCGGGCUUGUCUGGGUGCUGAUAUGCUUCACUUUUCCUGAAGUGAGAGACCCAUCCUUGCUCACUAAUCUGGGACUUGUGAUUUUAGUAGGGAAUAAUCCCAUUUAAGUCCAAAUAGUCAAGGUGGCAAACGUUUUUACGGUUGAGCUAUUUUGACCUAAGUUGCAAUUCCCUUGUGAAUUCCUGCCAUAAUAAUUGGCUCUGCUUGAUUCUACAUGCAGUUGAAAGGGAACAGAUUUUUAAAAUGAUGAUCUCUUAUUGCAACAACAGUGACGAUAAGCUGUGGGUGUUCAGUGCACCAUUCUGUGUGUUGUAUAUCCCCAGACUUUUACAGUAGACAGACAAAAAAGGGGUUUAUUCACUGCAUUUACAAAUGUAGUGAAUUGAAAUCCGAAUUUCAAAAUUUAGGAUUAAAUGGUCGAGCUGCAGUAUAACUGAAUUAGAUAAUAUUUUCAGAUCACCUAUCUUUGACUAUUUUUUUUCAUUUAGAUUUUAAUUCAUUAAAGUUUACAGAAUAAACCUCAGUGUAAAAUUUGAUGGAUCUAAAUAUAUCAGUUUUUCAGGCUGCAAAGUAUACAUUUUUGCUUCCAUUUAAGCAGCUAAAGUUGUCUCUAUUUUUGUGCCUCUUUAAAUUAGACAGAUUGCAAAUCUAGAAAUCCCCCACCAUAUCGUGUUCAUAAUGGUGUUUACAAAAUGUAUCUGGCAAUAAUAGGUAAACCAAGUAGAAUACUGAAUAACUAAUCAUUUUGCAGCUUUGAUAUUGUUGUAGGCAGAAUUAGUAUGCUAUACUCCAAUUCCGAGCAGUGUUUCAGUCUUGGUCAUUUAUUCAUAGUACUUCCAGCUCCUGCUUGUCAAUGGGAGAUUUUCUAUACUUCUAAGUUUUAUCAUACUAUUUUCUUCAUGUUAAGGGUAGCUAAACUGUGACUGUCCAGCUGAUGGCAAGCAGGUCCCAUUAAUCCCCCUGUGGUUGAAUGAUAGGAGUUCUAGCAACUGUAAACUUUGCAGGAAUUCUACCCAAAAGAGAAUAAAAAGCAUUGUAUUUGGUCAGGUUAUGAUUUCACUUUUGAAAGGGACCAGCAUCUGCCAAGCUGCUACUUCUUGUGAAGGUGUAAGCUUGAAGCAGAUGCUAUAAUCCAUUUCUAGGCGCCUCUUUAAAUUUUAGUUUUCUCUGGUAUGGUAAACUCGCUAGUUAAUUGUACACUUCAGUCAGCAUAAUUAUUACAGCUCAUGGUUCUAGUGCCAGGAGUGCUCUGAUGCUGUCCUAUAGUAAUAAGUCAAAACUUUUUAGUACAGUUUAACUACUAUCCUGGGUCCGGAGAGGCGCCUGUGCUGCAUCCUGUCUGCUCCUGCAGGAGAAGCCAUAUUGCUCUAUAGAGUGAACCGAUGCAGGAGAGUGCUCAGCUGUUGAUGAUUGUAGUCAUGCUUUGCCAAAUGCGGUGACACACAGCUUCUCCUACUGCAAAAGAGAGCAGAUUGGAUUACUCUGUGGGACUCAUGUAAUUUGUCAAACCGUGCUAAAACAGCUUGACUUCUAGUAUCGGGUCCCUCCUGGAGGCUGUAGUAAUUAUGGUGCUUAAAGUGUUCCUUUACGGGUGCUAAGAAGUCCUCCAUACGAGUGCAGGUAACCUGGAAUCCCAGUAAUUAUGGUUGAUCCACCUGUCGGCAUGGAAUACUCGGGUGUAGGUCACUAUGAAUUUGAUGUCCCCACUAAACUUCCUCAUGUUUAUGCCAUUAGGAUUAUGGAAGCUGAGCUGUCACUGGAUAUGUUGGGGGGACUCAAUACAAACAUAAUCAGGCAGGGUUAUUCACUAUACCACAAUGUGUUGUAAAAUGACCAGGAACAUUAAACAAAAAUAGUUGCGAUUUUUUAAAUAUUUUUUCCAAUUUGAAUUAUCUGGUCUAUUGCUGACCUCUCCCAGUUGGUGAAUAACCCGGGAUGUGUGGGUGUUUAGAAUGUCAUACCUACUAUUACUGUAACCAACUGUUGUUCUAGAUGGAAUUUUAAUGCAAUGAGUGUAGAAUAUCACGUAAAACUUAAAAAAAAAAAAAAAAAAAAAAAAAAGAAAAUACAUUUUUAUAUUAAAGAAAUGAGGACUCCAUGGAAUAAAAUAUUUAUUGCUAAUAAA